UUUCAAAGACAAAAGAAAACAGCAAAAACCCCUCCCUCUCAGGAGCGAGAAACAAGUGGAUAACGUCUCUCUCUCUCUCUCUCUCUCUCUCUCUCUCCUCCGAAACAGUGAUGUUAGCAAGCCGUAGCUUCCAUGGAGUACCUCACCCUCCGCCCCCUCACUUCACCCGCUCCAACCGUUACACGCUCUCUCUCUCCUCCUCCUCCUCACCCCGCUCCAAAACGACUCCGCUCUUGCCUUCUUCCUUAUCCAUUGGUCCGUUAAAAAGAAGAAGGUCUUCUCAGUUCUGUGUUCACGCGCAAUCGGAAUCGUCCGAAUCGACGAGCAAUGCGGCCGCUCAGUACACCCAGCCUUUCUCCGUCAAAAUCCCGGUCGGCGAUAGACACAUAUUGGUUGAGACAGGUGACAUGGGGAGACAAGCUAGUGCUGCUGUUAGAGUAACAGAUGGAGAAACUAUUGUCUAUACUACGGUUUGUUUGGAUGAUGUUCCAAGUGAGCCAUCUGAUUUUUUCCCUCUUUCUGUACAUUACCAAGAGCGUUUUUCAGCAGCUGGUCGAACAAGUGGGGGUUUCUUCAAACGAGAAGGACGGGCAAGAGAUCAUGAGGUUCUUAUUUGCAGAUUGAUUGAUAGGCCUUUGCGUCCGACAAUGCUUAAGGGCUUUUACCAUGAGACUCAGAUACUAUCUUGGGUUUUGAGCUACGAUGGGUUGCACCCUCCUGAUUCCUUGGCAGUGACUGCAGCUGGGAUUGCAGUAGCGCUUUCGGAACUGCCAAAUUCGAAAACUGUUGCAGGAGUUCGAAUUGGUCUUGUUAAUGAUAAGUUCAUUGUGAAUCCAACAACAAAGGAGAUGGAAGACUCGGAGUUGGAUUUGUUGUUAGCUGGUACAGAUAGUGCAAUAUUGAUGAUAGAGGGCUAUUGUAAUUUCCUCCCUGAAGAAAAGUUGCUGCAAGCAGUAGAAAUUGGGCAGGAUGUGGUACGAGGUAUAUGCACUGAGGUGGAGUCAUUGGUAAAGAGGUGUGGGAAACCAAAAAUGCUUGAUGCAAUAAAAUUGCCACCUCCUGAGCUAUAUAGGCAUGUUGAGGAAAUUGCUGGUGAUGAGUUGGUCAAAGUGCUUCAAAUUAAGAAGAAAAUACCAAGAAGAAAGGCACUUUCAUCCUUGGAAGAGAAGGUUUUGAGUAUACUUACAGAAAUAGGUUAUGUGAGUAAGGAUGAGGCUUUUGGUGCUAGUGAGAGAAUACCAGACUUGCUUGAUGAUGAGGACGAGGAUGAGGAAGUUGUCGUGGAUGGUGAAGUCGAUGAAGGUGAUGUUCACAUAAAGCCAGUUACACGAAAACCUACUCCCUUGCUAUUCUCUGAGGUUGACGUGAAACUGGUGUUCAAAGAUGUUACAUCCAAAUUCCUUCGCAAACGUAUUGUGGAGGGAGGGAAAAGAAGUGAUGGGCGAAACCCUUUUGAGAUACGCUUGAUUAACUCACAAUGUGGAUUACUUCCUAGAGCACAUGGCAGUGCUCUCUUCACACGUGGGGAAACUCAGGCGCUUGCAGUUGUUACGCUAGGGGAUAAAUAUAUGGCACAAAGAAUAGACAACCUUGAAGGUGCAGAUGAAUAUAAGAGAUUCUAUCUUCAGUACACGUUUCCUCCAUCCUCUGUGGGGGAAGUUGGGCGAAUGGGAGCACCCAGUAGAAGAGAAAUUGGCCAUGGAAGGCUUGCAGAGAGAUCUCUUGAACGUAUUUUACCUUCUGAUGAUAAUUUCCCUUACACCAUACGUGUUGAAAGUACCAUCACUGAGAGCAAUGGCUCUUCAAGUAUGGCCUCUGUUUGUGGGGGAUGCUUGGCCUUGCAAGACGCUGGUGUCCCAUUGAGGUGUUCUAUUGCUGGUAUAGCAAUGGGUAUGGUUUUAGACACUGAGGAAUUUGGGGGAGAUGGAACCCCACUUAUCCUUUCUGACAUAACUGGAUCUGAAGAUGCAUCCGGAGACAUGGAUUUUAAGGUUGCUGGAAAUGAAGAUGGUAUAACCGCAUUUCAGAUGGACAUAAAGGUAGGAGGAAUUACUUUACCAAUCAUGAAACAGGCACUCCUACAAGCCAAAAAUGGCCGAAAGCACAUUCUUGGUGAGAUGGCAAAAUGCUCACCUCCUCCUUCGAAAAGGCUUUCCGUUUAUGCUCCUUUGAUUCAUGUUAUGAAGGUUAAACCAGAGAAAGUCAACCUUAUUAUUGGUUCUGGUGGAAAGAAGGUGAAAAGUAUUAUCGAAGAAACUGGAGUAGAGGGCAUUGACACACAAGAUGAUGGAACAAUCAAGAUUACUGCAAAGGACCUUUCAAGUAUAGAGAGAUCUAAAUCCAUUAUCAAGAGUUUGACAAUGGUUCCAACUGUUGGUGAUAUCUAUAGGAACUGUGAGAUCAAAUCAAUAACUCCUUAUGGAGUUUUUGUGGAGAUAGCACCUGGGCGUGAGGGACUUUGCCAUAUUAGUGAGUUGACUGGACAAUGGAUGGAAAAGGCAGAAGAUGCUUUCAAAAUUGGAGACCAUGUUGAUGUCAAGCUUAUUGAGAUAAAUGCAAAGGGACAACUUCGCCUCAGCCGGCGUGCUCUGCUUCCGGAUGCACCUACCGAGAAACCCAAUUUGAAGCAACAGACAAGUGACCAUACCAAGGAAAGUGCAGCUUCCCACAAAGCUCCUGAGAGCGGUACACCUAAGAAAGUUGUAAACAUAGAGAAGGAUGGUUUAAUAGGAGGCAAAACUGAACACCCUGAAGAUAGAAGUAGCACUGUUAACCGCAGAAGCUCCAUUGGAAGUCAGUCAGUGGAAGACAAUCUACCAGUGGAGAAGGUUGUCAAAAGAUUAACUAGCUCAGCCAAAGAUGGUGAGAGGCCCAAAAAGAGUCGCAGUAAAGCCGUUAGCAGUAUUUCUGAUGAAAACAAAAGUAACUUGGUGAAUGGAGAGGCCAAAGUUGGAUAGUACUUUUGUUCAUAGAGUGACAGUUGGAUUGAUUUCCAUCUUUUUACUGGGAUGAACAGUCCCUCCGCAUGCAAAAGGAACAAGUACUUGAUGUGGGUUCACUCUUACAUAUGAUCAUUAUACUUUUUCUUUUCCCCAGUGAAGGAGUGUUACUGCAAAGAAAGAAAUCAAAAGGAAGUUCUUCUGCUCAUCCACCUGAGGGAUUGCACAUGUUAUGAGGUGUUGAAUACUCACAACGAGCAAAAGAAACCUAAUAAAUCUUGGCCUUCUCGGGAUUCUUUUUUGUGGAAACAAGAUUGCACUCGAAAGCUGCCGGAGUUGUGAGAAACCUCCUAUAUUUGGUGGCGAUACUGCUCAAGACUAUUUGCAGCUCAACGCCUGCUCUAAACUGCUGCAACCGCAGUAGUGUAUUUUGUUUUUCCCAUGAGAAGGAGAUCCCUUUGUACUCCACUCUUUAGUUGCCACAGAUCACAAGAUCUUUUAGGUGUUGUUUUGUAACUCUCUGUUACUCCUUGGAGUGAUACCAUAACAGACUGCUUGUUUGAUACGGUGAGAAUCACGCCUUCAACAAGGUGUGGCAUUCAGGGUCUGAACCCGGGAGAAAUCAUUGUUAACAGAUACUAGAGUAUAUUUUUUGAUCUAGAGAAGAUCUUAUCCGA